GUGGGCGGCAGAAGCCACAGGGCCUUCCCCUAGCAGAGGUAUCCAGAACCAGAGGCCACAUGAGCCCUGUGCCCUCUGGGCUGGGGCCUGGCUGAUGCCUGACCAGCAGGGCAUCAAGUGCACAGCCAAAGGCCCGAGGGUGUGGGGCCCACAUGCAGGGUUGGGACCUGGAGAUAAAGGCUGCAUUGUUGAGUGAAGCUCUGUAAAUGGGGCCUUUGAGAGGGGAUUUCUGCCAUGGCCGCAAGCCCUGGUUGUCGGAGACAGCAGGAUUUGGGGAGUCCAGGGCAGAGCAGGGCAGGAAGCACCCUUGUGCCAGGAAUGGCUCCUGGAGCUGUCCUGCUCCAGGGAGGAGCGGAGGCUAGAUUCUGAGGCUGGGAUCCAGCACUGCUCACCAGGCUCCCUGGCUCAGGCUCAUUCCUGCCCCUGCGGUCUGCCUCCAUCGUCUGCUGGGUUGACCUUGACCUGUCACCACAGGGUCUGGGGCCCUCUGGGAUCUGGCCACAGGGUUCCUUCCCCGCUGCCUUUUUCUGGGCACAGCCCUGGCUCCGUCUAUCCUGGGGCCUGUCCACUUCCACUGCACGUCAGGCCCUCCCUUUCUGUCCACAUCCUAACGUUUCUGUGAAAUCAUCUGCGUUUCCCACAGGCUUGCGCCACCCUGUUUCCUGAGACCUUCUGGUAGCCCCCAGGACUGCCCUGUGCUCUCCUACGGGCCAUCUCUGGAAGCAUGGCCUGUGGGUCAUAAUCAGGGAAGAGCCAUUUUCCUAGCGAGGAAAAUGCGUGCCCAGGAAGGUGGUGAGAGAAGAUGGAGUUCAUGGUGACAGUGCCCAUGUGGGGCCUGUCUGGAACAGUUCAUGCCAGUGCGUUUCCGUGCUGGGACAUGGGUGGUGAUGGUUUCUGAGACUGAGGGCUGGGACUUACUGAAGUCACGGGGCUGGCUCGGUGACUGGCUUCUGCCAUGGGACAGGUGCAGGAGAACUCCCCAGCCCAGCAGGCGGGCCUGGAGCCCUACUUCGACUUCAUCAUCACCAUCGGGCACUCACGGCUGAACAAGGAGACGGACACGCUGAGGGACCUGCUGAAGGCCAAUGUGGAGAAGCCCGUGAAGCUGGAGGUGUUCAACAUGAAGACCAUGAAGGUGCGCGAGGUGGAGGUGGUACCCAGCAACAUGUGGGGCGGUCCCGGCCUGCUGGGCGCCAGCGUGCGCUUCUGCAGCUUCCACAGGGCCAGCGAGCAUGUGUGGCACGUGCUGGAUGUGGAACCCUCUUCGCCCGCCUCCCUUGCUGGCCUGCGCCCCUACACGGACUAUGUGAUUGGCUCAGACCAGCUCCUCCAGGAGUCUGAGGACUUCUUUACCCUCAUCGAGUCCCACGAGGGGAAGCCCUUGAAGCUGAUGGUUUAUAACUCCGAGUCCGACUCCUGCCGGGAGGUGUCUGUAACUCCCAACGCAGCCUGGGGUGGAGAGGGCAGUCUGGGGUGUGGUAUCGGCUACGGGUAUCUGCAUCGGAUCCCAAUCCAGCCCCCCAGCUACCACAAGAAGACACCUGGUGCCCUGCCAUCUGGUACCUCGCCACCUGGUACCCCACUGCCUGGUACCCUGCCACCUGGUACCCCACCACCUGGUGCCCUGCCAUCCGGUACCCCUCCAUCUGGUGCCCUACCACCUGGUACCCCUCCACCUGAUGUUCUGCUAUCUGGUACCUCACCACCCGCUACUCUGCCACCUGGUGUUCCACCAUCUGGUACCUCACCACCUGGUACCCUGCCGCCUGGUGUUCCACCAUCUGGUACCUCAACACCUGGUACCCUGCCGCCUGGUGUUCCACCAUCUGGUACCUCACCACCUGGUGCCUUGCCACUUGGUGCUCUUCCAUCUAGUACCCUGCCACCUGGACUUACCCCCCAGGACUCUUCUGCUCAUCCUGGCCCAGAGAUGGGUUCCAGGCAGGGUGACUAUAUGGAGGCCCUGCUGCAGGCACCUGGCUCCUCUAUAGAGGGACUGCCUCCUGAGCCUGGGAGUCUUGGCUACGGUGCGCCAGACCUCGGGGGACUUCCACGUCCCAUGGAGACUCCUCUUCAGCCUCCACCGCCAGUGCAGCGAGUCAUGGACCCAGGCUUCCUGGACGUGUCAGGCAUCGCCCUCUUGGACAGCAGUGCCAGCGCCUGGCCCAGCCUGCCCCCUUUCCCAGGGCUGACCUCCACCGCCGUGUCAGCCCCAGGCCUGGAGGAUGUUGGCUCCAGCAAUGGCUCCCACGAGCGUGGUGGUGAGGCCACAUGGUCUGGGUCAGAGUUUGAGGUUUCCUUCCCGGACAGCCCGGGCGCCCAGGCCCCGCAGGAUCACCUGCCUCAGCUGACCCUCCCCGACAGUCUCACCUCUGCGGCCUCACCAGAGGACGGGCUGUCUGCGGAGCUGCUCGAGGCUCAGGCUGAGGAGGAGCCGGCAAGCACAAGUCCAGACCUCCGGGCGGAGGUGGAGGCAGAGGGGGCAGCCAGCCAGGCCCAGCUCCCUACCCCCAAAUAACACCCUGGGCUGUGACAAGGCCCCUGAUGGCAUUUCAUGAGGCCCACAUGUGGGGAGGUGGCUCAGGCCACACUGCGGGACCCAGCCCCUCGCUUGAUCCCAUCCCAGUAUGACCAGCUUCCUAAGCUGCAGCUUUAAGUGAUGUGCAGGGACUUCUGCAGGUGGGGGGCUCGUGUCCACUCAGACCCUACUGGUCUCUUAAGAAAUGACCUACCAGCAUUCUGCGUGAUGGUCCUGGCUUUGGGGAAUUGGGCGCUUGUUUGAGAAUCUCAAUCAUGUCCUUUUCGGGUGGGAGCUAGGGGUGGCACCCUAGGUUAAAUCAGUUUUGGGGCACGGGUAGGAGAGGGCUGCUUUGCUGCUUGUGUGGGGCAUGGAGCCUCAGUAAGUAGGAAGAGGGGACGUGGGCCUCGGGAGGGCAUCCUUUGGCUGUGUUCCCCGAGGUGCAGCGCUUGCUCCUGCUUGGUCACUGUGGCUUCCCAGGGGCAGCAGGGCCGAGGCAUGACCAGGUGUGACGAUGGGGUGAGGGAGGAGGGGUUGGUGUGGAGUUGCCUAAGCGCUUUGUAGAGCUCGCCUUGACUCUUCCGCACAGCUGAGCCAGCAUUCACUGGAAGCACCCCCAGCCCUGGGGAACCUUGAAGCCCCAGUUACUGUCUCUUUUGUCGUGUGCCCCCAUUCCUGUGUGACACUGCACAGCUGGCUCAGGCUGACUGACACCUGCCAGUAACUGCUGGAGGAGAGAGGCAGUGAACUUGCCCACCUCUCCUGGGAGAGCAGGGUUGGAAAUUCUGGAAUCUUCAGCACUCACCUGUGCUUGGACCCCGAUGUUUCUUCUUCGCUAGACCUAGUAUCCCCAGUGUGAGUCCUGUCACCUCCCAAACUCACACAACAAUCUCUAAACACACAAGGCACCCAGCCCGCCCCAGUGGUGAAUGAGUUACGAGUUUAAAUUCACCGACUCUCAAAGCCGGUCCCCCAGACUGAUCUCCAUACACAGCUCCCACCAUAGGGGGAAAUGAGAGGCUGGGACAAGAGUGGGUAAAGACCCUUCUGUUCUUUCCCAUAGCAUUGUGUGUGUGUGUGUGUGGGGGGGGGGGGCUGUUCUCCCCCAACCAGGUGCCUGGGAGGCGAAGGCUCAGAUGAGCCUUCUGCUCUGCCCUGCAGGAAGAGGGGGGCUCCACCCAGGGACAGCCCUUCACCUCACGUCCUCACCUGUCCUGGCCAGAGCCCCUCACCUUCCCACACUUUGGGCUGACUACCAUGAAAGCUGCCUCUGGCCUUGCCCUCCAGUCUCUGUCCACAUAAAACCCCCCCUUUGCUGCUUGAUUUGCAAUAUCCACGCUUACAAGGACAUUCAGAGCUCUGUUAGGCCCGUAGCACAAGGACCAUCGGCUGUGGGGGGCACAGACCAAGUAUAUGGAGGGAGGGCCCCGAAUUAGCAAACACUAAGUUCUAGCACUCACUGCACUAAGAGCAAGCCCUGUCAUGUCUGCCAGCGCAGCUCAGCCUGCAAAGCAAGGAGGCUGGGAAUCCAAAGCCAUGCUGGGGCCUGGCUGCUGGGCCGCCCGGGAGCCCGGAGUGUGCCUACGGAAACCCAGAGAGACAAACAGAAGCACACGGGACUGCUCUGCGGGCAGCUCCCCUCCGCUGGCCUGGUGGUCUGACCCCGUUGCCCUCGCCCAAGGCUUCUGGCUCUUCCUGCCCUUACGCAGUCCUCUCCCCAAACUGUAGGACAAAAUGGGUGUCAGUGCUGAUUAUUUCCACGGUGACCAGGAACCCAGAGGUUUCUCAAUUUCUCUGUUGUCUGCUCAGAAGGAAACUGACAAGUGAGAGAAAUAAACGUGCUAUACUUUGAGUAUUUUAA